AUGGCUGGCCAGAAAAAACAGAAAACCAAGUCCACGACAACAGGCACGAGUGAUGGAAAAACUAACGCAGGCACAGAAGCUACACCAUAUGCUUCGUUUCCUCUCUCCAGAUAUGCCUCACUCUUGGGAUCACAGACCUUGGGCCUCGGCUUUACUUUGGGAAUGCUUCCUCGCACUCGAGUACUCCAACCUGAAUUAGCUAGUCUUUUUGGAACCCAGUCAGAUGGUGUUAAAACAUCGCAGGACCACCCUCAGCAUCCGUUUCUUACCCCUUUGACCGAUUCCCCGGCUCGGACUUUGUUCUGGUUAUGCUUCGGGCCAGACAGGCCCGACUCGCCAGAAUCAUCGAGUACCUCCAACAAUCCUCCUGAGAAAGUAGUCCUCGGCACCAAGGUCAAGAGACCGCCUAUUCCGGCCAGAGUAUUGGCUUUCCAAGAGGCUGCUAUCGCGGUAGCAUUCACAGCUCCUCUUGCAUUCACGCUACUGGUUUUGUUUGGCGCACCAAUCAACAGUCAUCUAACACCGACAGCAUUCCUUGCCAUCCUACUCUCUAUCCUUACUGUCUGGACACCGGCCUACACCUUUGGCGUACCUAGUCUCACGUCUCAAACGCUCAAGGCCGAAGAGCGCCGGCAAAAAUGGAUUGGACUGUUUGUAGAGUUUUCGGCGCGUUCUCCGGUGGAUCGAGCUAUCUUAUUCCCCGCAGUUGGUGCUAUACUAGGCUGCUGGCUGGGAGUGUCACCUAUGCCAUUGGACUGGGAUAGGCCUUGGCAAGCCUGGCCAUUAACUUCAGCCUAUAUGGCAGUCAUAGGGCACCUGGUUGGCUCGGGCGUGUCCCUUGCGCUUCAUGGCGUGUUCUUGUUGCAGCCUCCAUUCAAAGACAUCGUAGAGAUUCUGCGGAACAAUCUAUUCGCCGUUUUCCAUGGAGAUAGUCAGGCCUCGUACUCGGACCAAGCAACCCCGCAUACUUGCCUGUAUAAAAUGAGUAAAGUAUCGGUACCAAAGAUCCGCGUAAUUCUUGAGACUUCCAUUUAUGGCUUCCAAGGAUUUUAUAGAAUGCGACUUGAAAUGCUGAUGCGAUGGGGAAUUCUCGUCAGCUCCACCCUCGGCUCCAGGCUCGCCGUAUCUCUUCUCCAGCUCGGCCGGAGACAACGGUUGAAAUCCAAAGCACCACCCCUCGAGUAUCACAACAUCAACCGGCGCCCACACUUCAACCGUCUCGCUCGAACGGUCUCCGAAUCCCUAGUACGCACUCUUAUCGAAUACCGGCAGAGAAAUAGAGGUAUCAUCCCCCGCAUUGAUGCGGGACAGGCGCUCGAGAAUAGUGGCCCCCAAGACAGGGUCAUGCGAGCCGGGCAAGCCGCGGCCCUGCAAGAGCGCAUUAUCCGGGUGCGUCCGACCGAGUUGGAUCAGGCCGUCGUAUGGGAGAUAGAGGUCGUCGAUGGAGAAGACGAUGGAGAGUAG